UCUCUCUCUCUGUGUGUGUGUGUGUGUGUGUGUGUGUUCGCCGCUGGGUUAGUUUGUGUGGCGGCCGUGUGUCGUAACGUCGUCCGUCGCUGAGCCGGGAUUCACUGAGCGCCAACUGACGAACGCAGCACAGACAGCGGAGAGGCUAAUUAGUACUGCGAAACACCGCUCCCGCACGUCAGUACUGCAAGCAACACCACCACCGACGUGUUCACUGGCAUCUCUGGUGACCUAGAAGACCCCGCUAACAUGCCCCAGACAAAUAAGUCAGUGAGUGGCGCUAGCGCACUAGGGCAGCUGUCGGGCCCCGACCAGGGAGAACCACCACCCCAACCUGAUGCCAGUGGCCAGUUGGCUGCAUCAGAUGCCCCAGAGGAGGAUUUGGGAGACCCCCACAUUGACAAAUCCCCCAGUGACCCUAAAAAGUACAGAUACAUAGAGCUGAGUAAUGGGCUCCGCGCUCUCCUCAUCUCUGACCUCAGUGGGUCAGAUGGCGAGGGGAACAGGAAAGAGGUUGGAGAGGAAGAUGGGGAUUCAGGUGAAAGGACAGAGGACGAUGAGAACAGAGAUGGGAAGGAAGACAGUCACUUUGACGAGCUGGAAGAGGAGAACCAGGGGAAGAAGAAGAGAGGGACCUCUGAGAAACAGUCUGCAGCUGCUGUGUGUGUCGGUGUGGGGAGUUUCAGUGACCCAGAUGACCUCCCAGGCCUUGCCCACUUCCUGGAACACAUGGUGUUUAUGGGAAGUGAGAAAUAUCCAGCAGAAAACGGUUUUGAUGCCUUCCUAAAGAAGUACGGUGGAAGUGAUAAUGCCUCCACUGACUGUGAGAGAACAAUCUUCCAGUUUGAUGUGCAGAGGAAGUAUUUCCACCAGGCGCUUGACAGGUGGGCUCAGUUUUUCAUCUGUCCAUUGAUGAUAGAGGAUGCCGUCGACAGAGAGGUGGAGGCGGUGGACAAUGAGUAUCAGUUGGCUCGACCGUCAGACUCCCAUCGUAAAGAGAUGCUGUUUGGAACACUGGCCAAGCCAGGCCACCCAAUGGGCAAGUUCUGCUGGGGUAACGCCCAUACUCUGAAACAUGAGCCCAAGGAGAAGCAGAUCAACACCUACCAGCACCUCAGAGACUUCUGGAAGAGAUAUUACUCUGCACACUACAUGACCCUGGCUGUGCAAUCCAAAGAGACCCUGGACACAUUGGAGGAGUGGGUGAGAGAGAUCUUCAUCAAGGUGCCCAACAAUGGGGAGCCGCGGCCUGACUUUUCUCAUCUCCAGCAGCCCUUUGACACCCCGGCUUUCAACAAACUCUACAGAGUGGUCCCUGUGAGGAAGGUGCAUGCUCUGACCAUCUCCUGGGCAGUGCCCCCUCAGGGCCAACAUUACAAAGUCAAGCCACUUCACUACAUCUCCUGGCUGAUUGGCCAUGAGGGCACCGGCAGCAUCCUGUCACUGCUCAGGAAGAAAUGUUGGGCCCUGGCUCUGUUCGGAGGGAACAGUGAAACAGGUUUCGAUCAAAACACCACCUACUCCAUCUUCUCCAUCUCCAUCACUCUGACCAACGAAGGCUUCCACAACUUCUACCAGGUGGUUCAUUUAGUUUUCCAGUACCUGAAGAUGCUGCAGACGCUGGGUCCCCAGCAGAGGAUCUAUGAAGAAAUACAGAGGAUUGAAGCCAACGAAUUUCACUAUCAGGAGCAGACUGAUCCCAUAGAGUUUGUGGAGAAUAUCUGUGAGAACAUGCAGCUGUUCCCAAAAGAACAUUUCCUGACCGGAGACCAGCUCAUGUUUGAAUACAACCCUCAGGUGAUUGAGGCGGCCCUCUCCCUCCUGACUCCAGAUAGGGCCAAUCUGCUUCUGCUGUCUCCAGAACACCAGGGCUGCUGUCCCCUCAGGGAGAAGUGGUUCGGUACCAGCUACAGUGUGGAGGAUAUUUCCGAGGAAUGGCUCCAGUGCUGGAGAGGAGACUUUGAGCUCCACCCUGAACUCCACCUGCCUGCUGAGAACAAAUUCAUUGCAACUGACUUUACCUUGAAAGCGUCAGACUGUCCAGACACCGAGUUCCCUGUCAUGAUUGUCAGCAGUGACCGCGGCUCUCUCUGGUACAAGAAGGACAACAAGUUUAACAUCCCUAAAGCCGACGUCCGUUUCAUCCUUUCAACUCCGAUGAUCCAGAACAGUCCUGAGAACCUGGUUCUGUUUGACCUGUUUGUGAACAUCUUGGCUCAUAACCUGGCGGAACCGGCCUAUGAAGCAGACGUGGCCCAACUGGAGUACAAACUGGUGGCCGGAGACUACAGACUGCUCAUCAAGGUCAAAGGAUUCAACCACAAACUGCCUCUGCUACUGAACCUGAUAGUGGACCACCUGGCGGAUUUCAGAGCUGAGCCGGGCGUCUUCAGAAUGUUUUCAGAGCAGCUGAAGAAGACUUACUUCAAUUUUCUCAUCAAACCAGAGCAACUGGGCAAGGAUGUUCGUCUGUUGAUUUUAGAACACUGCCGAUGGUCUGUGAUGCAGAAGUAUCAGGCAGUCAUGAGAGGUCUGACUAUGGAUGACCUCAUGACCUUUGUCAGGGGGCUGAAGGCAGAGCUGUUCACUGAGGGUCUGGUGCAGGGUAACUUCACCAGUGCGGAGUCUAUGGAUUUUCUGCAGUAUUUCAUAGAUAAGCUGCAGUUCCAGCCUCUGUCAGUACAGGUCCCUUUGUUGUUUCGGGUGGUGGAACUCCCUCGAAGACACCACCUGUGUAAAGUCAAGUCUCUCAACAAGGGAGACGCCAACUCGGAGGUCACCGUCUACUACCAGUCAGGUCUGAAAAACCUGAGGGAACACGCCAUGAUGGAGCUGUUAGUGAUGCACAUGGAGGAGCCCUGCUUUGACUUUCUCAGAACAAAGGAGACCCUGGGGUACCAGGUGUAUCCUUCCUGUAGGAACACCUCAGGGGUCCUGGGCUUCUCUAUCACCGUGGAAACACAGGCCUCCAAGUUCAGUACUGACUUUGUGGAUGGGAAGAUCGAGGAGUUCUUGGUGAAUUUUGGGGAGAGGCUGAGGAACCUGAGUGAGGAAGGCUUUAAGAGUCAGGUGACGGCGCUCAUCAAAUUGAAAGAGUGUGAGGACAGCCACCUGGGAGAGGAAGUGGACAGAAACUGGUUUGAACUCGUGACCCAGCAGUAUUUCUUCAACAGGCUGAGCAAGGAGGUUGAGGCUCUGCAGCAGAUCACCAAGGUGGAGCUGGUCUCCUGGUUUAUGGAGCACAGAGAGGCCAGCAGGAAACUCAGCGUGCAUGUUGUGGGUUUCGGGGAGGCGGAGAAGGACCUGCUGGACCAGGACCCUGACAGGCUGGGAGACUCACCCUCAGUGUAUGGAGAGGUGUCACAGCUCACCUUCCUCCCAGCAUCCUCCUUGCUGCAGGAUGUCGUCCUCAUAACUGACAUCCGCUCCUUCACCUCCUCCCUCCCCCUCCACCCCCACCACAAGGUUCUCAGCUAGUCCUCCUCCCAGCGAGGGGGAGCACUUCAGCUGCACCCAGCAGCCUCCUGUUGUGUUGUUCUGUGUCGGGGAUGAAGUGCGGGUGUGGUGGUAGAAGUUGUCAGGGUGAAGCGCCGGUCUUCUCUGUAGCUCACGGCUUCAUCUCACGCGUGAAGCGAGAUAACUCAGGGUUUGGAUAAAAAACAAGCAAAUAGGACAGAUUCUCAUGUCUUCCCUUGUAUCACAGCUCACGGGUGGUUGUCAUGGAGACGGAUGGGGUUAAGAUGGAGAUGCUGAGUUUGUAAUAUUUGUUCGUUAGAGAAGAAAUAAUACUGUGAGGUUGAAGAGUGAUGAUCGUGGCCAGUAUAGCUGUCAGCCUUUCACCUGAGGCUUUAUGACUUGUGUUGUUCUGAGGUCGGAGGUCAUGACUGGCAAGAAGAUGUCAUGUCACAUGUUGUGUGUGUCUAAGAAGUCGCCACACUUUUUCUGUGUCUAAACCAGUAGUUUGUCAUGGUGUCUGUUAGAAGGUGUGUAUUUAUUAAAAUGUU